AUGUUCCGCGUCCUGGAAUCAAUCUUAUUAUUAUUAGUCAACAGCGCUAUAAGGGCCGAUGAUUCUUGUAGGUCAGAAUGCUAUCAGGACCGAAUGCCUCAGUGUGGUGUGUGGCUAAUGAAGGAAACAAAUCCAGACGUGGCUGGCACAUAUGAGCUGGGUCAUGGUCUUGUGAAUAUGUCUUGCGAGUUUUCGUCGCUACCAGAGCCGGCGGUAGUAACGUGGCUUCACAAGGCACCAAAUUCUAUCAGCUGGGUCGACUUUGCCUGCUCCAAUAAGGAUGAAACGAAACAGUGCAGGGAAACCGAGCAUCGAGUCAGAUCAAGGUGUUUACUACGAACGAAUUCGCUAACAAUGACAGGUGCCUAUAGAUGUCAAGCAACCACUCCGGAGCAGAAAAACAAAGCUAUCAGCUCUGAGUUCAAUAUCAAUGUGGUCGGAAUAGAAAAAGUCGCAACAGUACACCAUCAUCUACCGUUUGGCCAUCUAGGUUACAUAGAAGUAGAGGUGUGUGCCAAUCCCAAACCAGAGAUCUUCUGGUUGACUCCUGAUGCGAUCAUUACACCUCAUGUAGGAGGAAGUUCUCAUGUUUCGGUACGUCUGCAUAGAGAUGGUCCCGCAACGAUUGUACCGUACUGCUAUACUUCACGGUUAUUAAUACGGAACGUAACAGAAUCAGAAGAAUUCCAGUUGCUGGUGAAAGGAGAAACGGAAUCACGGACUGUUAACCUGCCGAUC